CCGAAUCCAAAUCAGAGAGAAGCAAAGAACUGAUGGAGUUAUUCUCAUCUUCUUCCACUUCUCUCCCGCAACUCUCUCCACUCGUCUCUUUCGCCCUUUCGCGCCGGUCAUCGCCUGCUUCCCUCGCCCUUCAUGCUACCCGAAGGCCCUGCAAACUCUCCCGACCCGCUCCAAGGACCCUCCGAUGUUACUGUCAGCAGCAGUCGGUGCAAGAGUUCGAGCGGCUCUUCUCGAAUCUCAAUCAGGCUACCAUGAAGAGGGAGCCAGGUCAAGGCAGCGUCACUAGCGGAAUCUUUCUGGUAACUGGCACCACGGUAGGUGCAGGCAUCCUUGCAAUUCCUGCAGUCACUCAAGAAGCAGGAUUUCUAGCCUCUGCAAUAACAUGUAUUGCCUGCUGGCUGUAUAUGGUUGUGACAGGACUAUUGGUUGCAGAAGUAAAUGUAAAUACCAUGUGUGAACUCGGCUCUGGAGGUGUCUCAUUGGUCUCAAUGGCCAAGAGAACGCUAGGAAAAUUUGGGGUUCAAGUUGCAUGCUGGUCCUAUCUAUUUAUUCAUUAUGCACUCCUUGUUGCUUAUGUGGCUCGCUCUUCAGAGAUUUUAACAAACACCUUCAGCAUUCCAGUGUGGGAGAGUGCUACCUUGUUUUCCUUGGUGUUUGGAGGCUUAUGCUAUUUUGGAAGCCAGCGAUUUAUUGGAGCAAUAAAUGGAUUUCUUGUGUUUGGCAUCAUUGGGUCUUUUGCAUCUCUUGUGGGUGUGGCAGCUGGUGAUUUACAUUGGGAUUCUCUUCUUCAGGUCCAUUUAGAGGCUAUCCCACAAAGUAUACCUAUAAUAGCUCUUUCGUUUGUGUAUCAGAAUGUAGUUCCAGUGCUUUGUACAAACCUUGAAGGGAACUUGUCAAAAGUAAGGACUGCAAUUAUUCUCGGAACAGCCAUUCCACUUCUUCUGUUUCUUAUAUGGAAUGCUGUAAUUCUUGGUAGUAUUCCUGAUCUAAGUAAUAGUGCUACCCUGAUUGACCCACUGCAACAAUUACGAAAUGACAAUGGAAUAGUUGGACCAAUUAUUGAGGUGUUUUCAUUUUUUGCAAUAGCAACAUCAUACAUUGGAUUCGUCCUAGGACUUGCUGACUUCAUUGCUGACUUGCUUAAAUUGCCAAGUGGCGAAAGAAUACCUUUGCCCUACUUGUUAACUUUGUUUCCACCUUUGGUCCUAUCAUUGCUUGAUCCAGAGAUAUUUUUCAAAGCAUUGGAUUUUGCUGGCACCUAUGGAGUUCUGGUGCUCUUUGGAGUACUCCCUGCUGCAAUGUCUUGGUCUGAGAGAGAUUCAAAUGGCUCAUUGACACCAAGAGUUCCUUCACUAGUACCUGGAGGCAGAUUCACAUUAGCCCUUGUGAUGGCGGGUGCCGCAUUUGUUAUCAUCUCAGAGAUAUUAAAGGAUAUUUUGCAUUAGUAAUGCUAGCUGAACUUUCAAAGGGAAAACGUCAUUAUGUGAAAGAUGGCCAUAACGGUUGCCUCACUACUGGUCUCUUUGUUCUAUUCAUGUUGUGGACGAUGAUCAUAACAUUACCAUUGCAAAUGUAAAAUCGUAAUUCAAAAUCUUUAGUUCGAUGUCA